GCAAGAGGAGUUGAGAAUAAACAGAUGGAAAAAUAUCCCAAAGCGGUUGUUUUCGAUUUAGACUACACUCUAUGGCCAUGUUGGUGUGAUACACAUAUCAGGGUUCCUAUCAAAUCUGUUUCCCCUACAGAAAUAGUAGAUCGUUCGGGUAUGAAACUUUCCUUCUAUCCUGAUGUUGAAUCGAUUCUAUUGGAACUAUUUGAUAAUGGAAUCAAAAUUAUAGGAGCAAGUAGAACAGCUGCUCCGGAAAUUGCCAGAAAAAUUUUGACACUCUUGCACAUUAGAGAUAAGCCAGCUAUUACAUAUUUCCACAGUUUGCAAUGGGGCCAAGGUUCCAAGAUCAAACAUAUUCAAUCUGCGGCCAAGCAACUAAACCUUUUGCAAGAAUUGCAACAAGGUUAUUUUGUUCUAUAUGAUGAUGAGCUACGAAACCGUGAUGUUGUUUCUAUUAACUGUCAUUUUGCACAUAUUCCUGAUGAGACGGUGGGUAUCACUAAACAGAUAUUUUUAAAUGAAUUAAAGCUUUGGUCAAAGUUUUUGGAGCAAGUUGAAAAGCAGCAGAGUGCUGCACGUAAACAAAGACAAAUACAACUAGUAUGAUAGAUAGACUAUAUUAUUCUAGCUAAUAUAUAAAUAGAAGUGUAAUUGUACAAAAUAGUAGGUGGAUAAAAGCUUAGUAUCAGGAACUACCAAAAUACCUUUGGAUAGAAAUCAAUAGACUAAGGAUGAUUUGCGUUAUAUUGACGUUGAAAAUUACGUUGUAACUAUGUAGGAUUUUCCUGAAUUGAUUUAACAAGGGACACAAGGUUAUCAUGAGAAGCAUUAGGGGGAGGGUUGACCUCUUUCUGGCUCAACCAGCUCUUUAAAUUAUCAUUGGACCACUCGGCUAUAUCCACAUAACUUUGAUCGUGAAGUUUGGAAGCCAGUAAAUCUACUUGUGAUUCGUGAAGUUCGAUUGGUUCAUUAGAUUGUUCUUCUUCAAUUUCUUCUUCCUGUACUUCUCUUUCUUGUUGCCUUUCACCGGUUAUGUAGUUCCAUAUGCUUGUUUUCAAAUGAGGAAAGGUAUUCAAUACUAAAUAGCCUGUACCUAAGAUGACAGCGCCGGCUGCCAAACUAAACUUCAAGUUCUUGGCUUUAUUGACUGGUUUCUUUAACUGAAGGGACAUUUCUCUAAUAUUAUUAGGAGAUGAGAAUGUUGAAUGUGGAAAAAGCUGAUAUAGAUAAGAUCAGGGGCUAAUC